AUGUUUCAAAGGUCGAACCCGUAUCUCUUGUCUUUCGAAAAGCAAGGUUCUCUGAGCCGCACAGUGAAACAUGACGAUAUCAGCAACUGGCAAUCAAGUCUUGUUGACCUGCCUCCCACUUCAGCGAUCUGCAACCACUCACAAGACCAGACCGAUUAUCUACAGCUCAUCUUGACAGCAAGGGUGCAUGAUGUGGUCAGCCCGACCCCUUUGACAAAUGCGCAUGGACUCAGUGAAGAUCUUCGAUGCAACAUAAUGUUUAAGCGGGAAGACACGCAACCCGGAUAUUCCUACAGAUUGAGGGGGAUAUAUAACAGAAUGGCCAAUUUGGAUAAGGAGCAGAGGUGGAAAGGUGUGAUAACAUCUUCUGCGUCCGAUGCUCUAGCUGUAUCAUACGCGGCAAAGAAGUUUCGAACGCCAUCGAUAAUAGUCUUGCCAGAGGAUACGACAAAAGCCAAGAUCAAGGAGCUAACGCGUCUCGGGAGUACGGUUAAGUUACACGGACGGAGUACUGAGGCUGCCAAAGAGGAGUGCCUCCGGCUACAGUCACUUCAUGAUCUAAUUGCCAUUCCCCAGCCUGGUGAUGAGUAUGUCAUCUCCGGUUGUGGUACUAUUGGACAAGAAAUAACACAGCAGAUGACCCAUUCUCAGGUCCAAGCGGUCUUUUGUCCCGUUACUUGCGGAACUUUGAUAGCUGGCCUAGGCAUAUAUCUCAAGCGCAUCGCCCCCAACAUCAAAGUCAUCGGAGUGCAACUGCAUGAUUCAGCGGAUAUCUCGCGGUUGAUACACUGCAAGGGACAGCCGGCGUUGGAAGAGCACCUACUAUCGAGGAGCGUUUGUCCAAAGAUCACCUGUAUCUGCAGCGAUGUUAUAGAUGACAUCGUCCAAGUCACUAUGAGCGAGGUGUUGAUAGCGACAAAGAACAUAUACGAAGACACACGGCAGCUUGUCAACACAGAAGGUGCACUAGCUGUCGCUGGAAUGAAGAGCUGGAUUACGUCGAGUGGAUUUGUAGGUUCAGAGAAGGAUUUCAUUGCGAUCACGUCAGAAGCUCAACUCGACUUUUCGGAGAUAUCGUCUAUUGUAAAACAGGCCUCGUUAGCUGAGAUGGCGAUGGGGAGUGAGAAUGACAGUGGACUGGAUUCAUUGAUGCAUAGUGCAGGGACACAAUCGACUUGUGCUGGUGACGGGUGGUCAAGCAGUACGACUGUCGUUGGGACUGAGACUACCGCCAGCUUUACAUCUGAUGUUGACGGCAGUCUUCUGAGUAAUUAA